AUGCUCCAUACUUCACACCCGCUCUGUGUCUUGUACGGAGCAAGUUGUCAGCAAGGUCCGGACGCACUUCGUGAGUUUUCCUCGCAUGUACUGUACUUCGUCCGGGCUGCUGUCGCUAUCGCUUUGGUCGGCCUAGCAGUAUCGGUACAUGUGCGAAGUACAGUACAAGUCUACAGGAAUCGCCGUCCAGCACGAAUCCUUUCGGCUCCCAACCAGGUUGGCAGCGCUCCGCUUCCUGAUUCGCCCGGCCGGCUUGUUGCGGACAGAGGGGGGCAAGCGCAGAAUCACGGGAGUCGCCAUCCCCAUGCUCUUGGUCUCGGCCGCUCUAUCAGCACGGGGUUUGUCAAUCUUCUGUCAGUCGGGGUGCAGGGCUUUACGGCGAGAACGGAGAUGGCGCCAGAAACUGCUGUUCGCUUUACAACCUUGAAGCUUGAACCCGUCGACGAUCAUUUUUUGGCAUUGGCCGCCGGAUACCUUUUCUCACGCUGGCAGUCUCGCACACAGCCCAUGGGGUGGCCUGGAAAACGUAAUACUUCGUGCUAG